GUCAUCCUCCACCACUUCCAGCGCCGCAUCCCCCGCCUCUUCCCCUACCCUCGAUCCCGUUUCACGCUAUGGCUUUCGUUUUUAAGCGAGGUGAACGUAAAGAAAAAGUCUUAUUCGACAAGAUCACCAGCCGUAUCGAGAAACUCAUCUAUGGGCUUGACCAGAACUAUGUGAACCCUAUCGAAGUCACCCAGAAAGUCGUCGCGGGCGUGUACAAUGGGAUUACAACGAUGGAGCUGGAUAACCUCGCGGCUGAGACCGCCGCGUAUCUAACGACGAAGCACCCAGACUAUGCCAUCCUCGCUGCGCGUAUCGCGAUCUCAAACUUACACAAGGAGACGGACAAGAGUUUCUCGAAGGUCGUCUCGCGCCUGUACUCUUAUGUUAAUCCGAAGACUGGGCGUGCAGCCUCGCUGAUUGCGAAGAACACGUAUGAUGUUGUACAAGAGCACGCUGCAACCCUCGACGCUGCAAUCAUCCACAACAGGGAUUUCAGCUACAACUAUUUCGGAUUUAAGACCCUCGAGCGGUCAUACCUGCUUCGUCUAGAUGGCAAAGUCGUCGAGCGUCCCCAGCACCUCAUCAUGCGUGUUGCCGUCGGCAUCCAUGGCUCGAACAUCGAACGCGUUCUGGAAACAUACAACCUCAUGUCGCAGCGCUACUUCACUCACGCGACCCCUACGCUUUUCAAUGCUGGAACACCUCUAGCGCAACUUAGCUCGUGCUUCCUUGUCUGCAUGAAAGAUGAUUCCAUCGAGGGUAUCUAUGACACGCUUAAGAACUGUGCGAUGAUCAGUAAGAGUGCGGGAGGAAUCGGUCUGAACAUCCACAACAUCCGAGCUACCGGCUCUUACAUUGCCGGAACGAAUGGCUACUCGAACGGCAUCGUGCCCAUGCUCCGAGCUUACGAUGCUACAGCUCGAUAUGUCGACCAAGGCGGCAACAAGCGUCCGGGCGCUUUUGCGAUCUACCUCGAGCCGUGGCACGCAGACAUCUUCGAGUUCAUCGACCUGCGCAAGAAUCAUGGGAAGGAGCAGAUGCGAGCACGGGACUUGUUCCUCGCUCUCUGGAUUCCGAAUCUGUUCAUGAAACGUGUCGAAGCCGACGGCCAGUGGUCCUUAUUCUGCCCGAACGAAGCUCCGGGGCUUCAUGAGGUGCACAGCGAAGAGUUUGAGCAGCUGUACGAGCAGUAUGAGCGGGAAGGGAGGGCGCGGCAAACGAUUUCUGCCCAGAAGCUAUGGUAUGCGAUCUUGGAGGCGCAGGUUGAAACGGGUGGUCCUUUUAUGGUCUACAAGGAUCAUGCCAAUGCCAAGUCGAACCAGAAGAAUCUGGGCACGAUCAAAUCCUCGAAUCUGUGCACGGAGAUCAUCGAAUAUUCGUCCCCCGACGAGACGGCCGUCUGCAACUUGGCGUCAAUUGCGUUGCCGAGCUUCAUUAUCGACGGCAAAUACGACUUCCAGAGGCUGCACGAUAUCGCCAAGGUCGUCGCAUUCAACCUGAACCGUAUCAUCGAUGUCAACUACUAUCCGAUUCCCGAGACGCGGAAAUCGAACAUGCGUCACCGGCCGAUUGGUGUUGGUGUGCAGGGACUCGCAGAUGUUUUCCUCGCUUUGAGGAUGCCGUUCGAUUCGCCAGCCGCGAAGGAGUUGAAUCUGCAGAUCUUCGAGACCAUCUAUCACGGUGCUCUAGAGGCGAGUUGCGAGAUGGCCCAGGCGGAUGGACCUUACGAGUCGUACCAAGGCAGUCCAGCGUCGCAUGGCGAGCUGCAGUACGACAUGUGGGGUGUCACACCUUCACCCCUGUGGGACUGGGCCGAGCUUAAGGCGAAGAUCGCGAAGCACGGGUUGAGGAACUCGCUGUUGACCGCGCCGAUGCCGACUGCCUCGACAAGCCAGAUUCUGGGCAACAACGAGUGCUUUGAGCCGUACACGAGCAACAUCUACACACGACGUGUUCUGUCUGGGGAGUUCCAGGUUGUCAACCCUUGGCUGCUGCGUGAGCUUGUCGAUCGGGGGUUGUGGGAUGACGAUAUGAAGAACAUCCUCAUCGCGCACCGGGGAUCGGUACAGAACAUUCCCAGCAUUCCUGACGACGUCAAGGCCAUCUACAAGACUGUUUGGGAAAUCAGUCAGAAGAAGGUCCUCGAGCUUGCCGCCGACCGAGGCGCGUUCAUCUGCCAGAGCCAGAGUCUCAAUGUCCACCUGGCCGCACCGACGAUGGGCCAACUGACCAGCAUGCACUUCUACGGAUGGAAGCGGGGUCUGAAGACUGGGAUGUACUAUCUCCGGACCCAGCCGGCCUCUGCCGCGAUCCAGUUCACCGUCGACCAGACUGUGCUGGACAAGGUCAAGGCGCAGAAUGCGGAGGCUGCCAAAGCCAAGGCGGUGCCUGCGAGUCCAGCUCGGUCCACCACGGCUGCCACAACCAUCUCCCCAUCCCCAUCUUCAUCUUCCACAGUCUCGAGAGAUCACAUCCUUACGCCGGCGGACUCUGUCACCAUCAUCACGCAGACCAAGACUGCUGAGCCUAUUGUGGCCUUAGAUGAAAGCAACGACAUGCUCGAGAAGUUGGCUGCUGAGGACCCGGAGUUUGCUGAGUCGCUGCGGAAGCUGCAGGAACGGCAGCUGGAAGAAGCCAAGAUGCUCUGUGCACUUGAAAACAAGGACGAGUGUCUGAUGUGCUCUGGCUGAGAGAGCUCGGGCUUUCCAUGUAUCUUUUUUACUGCAUUCAUUUGUACUUGUAACUGAAUCUGCAUCUACCACGGCAUGAUCUCUCCAUCGAAUUUGAAGAACUUGCCGCCUUGCUCGGGGGUGAGACCAGCGACCAACUUCAAAAUCGCCUUGGCCGAGACCUCGGGUGGCAUACCCCCAGAGCCGUGCUGAUUUCCCAUAUCCGUCGCGACCCAGCCCGGGUGGACAGAGAUGACAGUGAAUUCCUCGCCCGCGCGGUUCAGUUCGUUGUUCGUCUGCACGGCAAGCAUAUUGAGCGCGGCCUUGGAGACGCCGUAGCACCCCGCCAAGCCGAUCGAGUUCGGCAUCGCCUGCUGCUCGAUGGAGCCGCUCGACGAGCUGAUGAGGACGAUGCGCCUUAUUUUGCGCGGACUGGCGCGCAGGGCAGGGAGGAACGCGCGGAUGACGCGGUGCGGCCCGAGCACGUUCGUGUCGAGGUACUGCCCGAGGUGCGCCGUCGCGGUGCGCGUGACGGGAUCGCGGUCGCCCAUCCCCGCGUUGACGAUGAGCGUGUCGAGCUCCGCGACGCCCGCGGCGGCGGCGGCGACCGACGCGUCGGAGGUGAUGUCCGCGGUGAGCGUCGUCGCGCCGGCGAUGGGCAGGGAUCCCGUGCGCACGGUGCCGAGGACGGUGGUGUUUGGGGUCGCGGCGAGCUCCUGGACGAGCGCGAGCCCGAUUCCGCGCGAUGCGCCGACGACGAGGACGGUCUGGUAUGGUGAGUCGGAGGCCAUCGAGGUUAGUGGAGGGAGCAAGGAAGGCGCACUGCGAUCACGGUGUCGUGAUAUCAUGCAGUACUCGCUCCAGGGAUCGGGAAGUGAACGGAUUAGGGCAUUUGGAA